UAAGAGCAACCCGGUCGAGCCUCUCCGUCCUGUCCCUUUCGAUCCCUCCCGUCGCGCGUUAGUCGUUAUUGCCGCAUUGUUUACUUGCCUUCAUAAACCACUUCACUGGGCCCAAGUACAUGAGCUGUCCAUGUCCUCCUCCUCCGCGCCCUCUUCCACUGGCAAACAAUCUGCAAACAUGGUAGGAACUACAAACGCUGCCAAUGCAGCAAAGCAAGCUGCAACAAAAAUGCACCGUCGCUCGCGGACAGGCUGCUUCACAUGCCGUCUGCGAAGGAAGAAAUGCGACGAGGGAAAGCCCUCCUGUCGCGCCUGCAAACAUCUUGGACUAAAAUGCGAAUACAAGAGACCAAUGUGGUGGAGCAACAACGAGCAGAGACGGCAGCAAAAAGAACACAUUAAAAAUAUCAUCAAACGUACGAAGCUCAACGAAAAGACUGCACAGGGCGUAGCCAUGAGCGCCAACACACCACCAAGCCUAUGCCAUUCCCUACCUACUUCAGACACCUUCUCCGAUGGAAUUGCGUGCACUCGCGCCCCAUCAGUUGACUCACAACUUUCCUUAGAGUACAACUUCAACCCGGUCUCAACACCAGACCUUUACAACUCCGUCGCAAUGCCUCCGCCCAUGUUCGCACCUUCGUUUCCCCACCCUGGACAAUUUGCACCAUACGAAGUCGACAUCAAGACUGAGAGCCAGAUGUUCAUCAAUGACAUCCCUGCAAGACGUGAUUCUACUAUAUCCACAUUCAGCACCUACCAAGCACCGCCAGUCAUUGGUCAUCCUUUCCCGACUGAGAACUGGAUACAACAGGAUUAUUUUGAGAGUCGUCGCGAAUCCUUCGCAGAGGAACCUCUGGACUUUCAAGUCUUUGAUUUUCCUCAUGGAUCAUUCAGCCCGUCGCACCAGUCAAUGAUCCAGGUCGACGAAUGCGACCAGCAUCUCCUCAACCACUUCAUCGACAAUGUUCUCCGACUAAUUUUUCCAAUUCUUGAAGUCAACCAGCAUGGAUCUGCGCGCUCGGACGUCAUCCUACCGGCACUAGAGUCUAACAAGACCUAUCUCCACUGCUGCCUCAGCAUCGCCGCGCUACAUCUCAAAGCCACCGAAAGAAUACAAGGCGACCAGAUUGACAACGAUAUCAUGCGCCACCGCUAUGCGACGAUCUCAGAGCUGUGCGAGGCGUUGAACCGGGACACUGACCACUCUCAGAUCCUCGAAGCUACCCUCGGCAUGAUCUUCUUCCAAUGCUCAGUUGGCAGACCCGAUGACUGCCUUCCAGAUAUUCCAUGGCACCAGCACUUCCAAGCUGCCACGAGCCUUGUGCACAAGCUUGAGCUUCCCACACACCUGGUUGCUUUGAAUGGACAGCCGCACUCCCAGCCACCAUUCAAUAUGACCCUUGCUUCUUGGAUCGAUAUCUUAGGUGCUACUAUGCUCGGCAGGACUCCAGCCUUCGCAGAUACCUACCGGGAGAAGCUCAUAGCCGAUGCACAUUCAGGGCUCGCUGAGCUCAUGGGAUGCGAGGAUCGUAUUAUGUACCUGAUCUCGGAGAUUGCCUGUCUUGAAGCUCUGAAGCUCGAGAAAAUGGAUGAGGUGCAAUUGUGCGCGCACAUUAAACUUCUUGGUGACCAAAUCAGCUUGUCCGAACCCCCUCAAGGAACCGUCGCAAACGCAUACUCGUCCACAGGUGCAAUCCGGCCGAAGCAAUUGAGCAGGAACAUGACGGCCGUGUUCCGUUUGGCUGCGCGCAUUUAUCUGUGCAGCUUGGUUCCGGAUUUCGACCGAACACAACCGAGCAUCGCCAAUCUUGUAAACGCUUUGAGUGAUGCGAUGGAUUUUAUUCCUGCUGGUCCGGAUGGAUUUGAUCGGUCUCUCGUUUGGCCCCUUCUCGUCGCCGGAUCCGUUUCCCUUCCGAACACAGGCUUCCGCAAGAUGUUUUCGGAGCGAGCGGUUAGACUGGGCGAGGCCUCAGAUUUUGGCUCUUUUGGAAGAAUUAAAGAACUCCUAAAAGACGUAUGGCGUAUCAACGAUGACUCUCUCGCGAAAGGCGACAAACAGAGUGUCCACUGGCGGGACACGAUGCGACAGAAGGGUUGGGAUUUCUUGUUGAUAUAGAAUCCUUUCCGUUCUGCUGGAUAGCAUCCUGGUCUGUAUGAUCGACCUUCCGAUUCCAUUCUUUCCUCGUCGCAGCCGACCUUCAUCUAAAUGAUCGCUUGGACCCUCGGUACACCCACUAAAAGUAUCGUUCUUCACUGCAU